AUCGAAAUGAAAUCACAAGAGUUUCGUUUUCCCGGUGACAUCGAUCGUCCUAAAAGUUUUUAUAUCUCUCUGAGAUCAAUAAAUAUUCUUGAAACAGUCGUAUCGGCUUAUCCCGGGUCACCCCUGCAAACUUAUGUUACCGAUGACGAAACUCAACUACGCUCUUGAAAUUCAAAUUUGAAACAAUGUUGUUUAUCCUUCAAUGAUCCAUCCGCUACUCGUCGGAUCAUCACGCUAUGAAUGUUAAAUGAAAGUUCAUGGCGUAUGAAAGAAGUGAUGGUCUGUACAAAUGUUUACGAAAAAUAAAAGUCAAGAAAGAUUGUGACUGUUUUUCCAGUAAUAGGAUCAGUGGUAUUUAUCGUGGAGACAGUUGGGUGGAUGAAUUCGGAUUAUAAAGAUUAAUAAAUAUGUGAAUAUAACGAGAAACGACAUUAAAAACGCACGGUUCAAUGAGUUUUUAAAUCAUGCAUGCAAAAAUUUAUCAGUAAAGCCUAGUGAAUUAAUUAAAUAAUUCUGUCAGAUUUCUAUUCAGGCUUUGAUGAACUUCUGACCGAUUUUAUUUGAAUAAGAAUGGUCUCGAAAAUUUAUUUCUCAUGAAAAAAUCUGAUAUUUGAUGAGAAAUUAGCAUUCCACUAGUAUGUGUGAUUUAUUCUCUUCAGAUAUGUUCUACACAAUUGUCCCCCCGCGAGAAAUUUCCUAAAUCUUUUUCAGCCUACUUUGUUUUGUUCUUAUCAAUAAAAUUGAACAAGAAACUCAGAUAAUCGGUGCCAAGGAAAUUCUACGGAAAAUAUCUGAACAGAAUUAGUGACAUUAACACAUAAAAUUCCAACGAUUCCCCCGAUCGAGAAAGUAAAUGACAUCUCAGCAAUCUCGUCCCCAAAACCAUUAAACAAGAGACCCCCUUAAUUUCCAAUUAUUUCUUAUCACCCACGACCUUGAGCGCAUCAGCUCCAUUCUCAUACAAACGUUAAUUGAAGAUUAUUCGACUAGAGUUACUCAUGAGAUAUUGAGCCACAAAAUUAUCUCACAUACUCAAGUACCAUCGCACGUAUCUAAAAAUUCUUGUUUCCCCCCAACUAUACAAUCAUUCGGUUAUCUCCGGCGAACUGAGGCACCUUGCUCUCCUUAUCAAACUUGUGUGCGACGAUUUUCCACUUUUUGUCUGGAGAAUAAAAAAAAGAGAAGGGAAAUUUAUUCAGUUUAGUGAGUGUGCAGUGCUUGUUAACACGUAUUAUUUUUCUCAAUGAUUUUUCAUUGUCUUCGAGGACUUAUUAACCAUCAAAAAUAUAUUCAUCGACGUCUUUACGUAAUUCUUAAUUUUUUUAAAUUAACGGUGAAGUAGCGAAAUUGAUGGCCAAGUGAUAAUGUUUAAUCGUUAAGGAUCAUUGGGAUUUUUUUGAAUGCUCAUGGGCUGACAGGGGAUUCCGCUCUCUCUUUCUCUCUCUUUCUGUCUUCCUCAAUUGUGAUUUAACGUGACACAUGACCGAUGGAACUGAUAAAACAACUUGAAAUAAGGAACAGCUGUCAAGUGGGAUAUGCCCCAUAAUUUAUUGUAAUACAGUGCUAAGUGUUAUGCCCGGUGAACAGACACAUCCAAUGUAUGCUGGAGUAGAAAGACCAUCUCCGAGGAGGAGAGCAUACACCUGGAAUGCCAGGAGAAGAUCUACUAAUGAGAUCGUUCCACCACAACGCCCUACACGUCUCUCUCUUGCUGAACCACAGCCCAUUAAUGACGAAGCUACCAGCAGGCUGAGAUUGCGAGUAAUCGCUGGUCAUCACCUUGCUAAAAAGGAUAUAUUUGGAGCUAGUGAUCCUUACGUCAGGAUUGAUCUCUAUCCAAUUGAAGGGCAUGAGACACUUGACUCUGUACUUACUAAAACGAAAAAGAGAACACUCAACCCUGUUUGGGGUGAGGAGUUUAUUUUCAGGGUGAAACCGAGUGAACACAAAUUAGUACUUCAGGUAUUUGACGAGAAUCGUCUCACGAGAGACGACUUCUUGGGGAUGAUUGAGGUGACACUGGCCAAUUUGCCCAAGGAACAAACGGGAAGAACGAUACUAGCUAAACAAUAUAUUCUGCGUCCACGUAGUCAUUCCAGUCAACGGUCCAAGAUCAAGGGAACCUUAGAGGUUUAUCACGCGUAUAUUGGGGAUUCGUCAACUCCAGAGAGCAACGAUGACAAUGUUUCGGAUUCUGGGGGAUGGGAGUUGCUGGAUCAACCGAGUCCUACCUCAAAUAAUAGUCCUAUUCAACAGUCCGAUUCGACACCAAAUGGCCCACUGCCACCAGGUUGGGAAGAGCGUCAGGAUGCAAAUGGGAGGACCUACUACGUCAAUCAUAUAGCUAGAUUCACCCAAUGGGAGCGACCAACCUCAACUAAUGCCGCACCAGUGGGAGGUGUUACUGUAGAGCAACGAAAUUUAGACACAGCAGCGACUGAAUUCCAACGAAGAUUUCAUAUAAGUGUGGACGAUGCUGAGAGUAGAUCCCAUCGUACCUCAGCCAUUAGUCAGGAUCGGGAAUUGACUCGAGAGGAAGACGGAGAUAGUGAUAAUGGGGGAACAUUCGUUGGUGAUGGUUCCUCUGACUCCGGACUGUCUGUCGACCAACGGGGGUAUCUAGCUGAGGGUGAUGAUCAGAGUGACGAUAACGUUGACAGUCCGGCAGGAUCUAGACGGUCUUCCGAACAGCCAUCAUUACCGAUUCCCAAUGGCGACGGCCUGCCCCCUGGCUGGAGCAUGCAACUCGCCCCAAACGGUCGAAUGUUCUUCAUCGAUCACAACGAGAGAGCAACGACAUGGGUGGAUCCACGGACAGGUCGACCCAGUCCAAUGCCCAAUCACAAUUUGCCUUCAACAACACCACGAAGUGAUCUUGAUCAGUUGGGCCCCUUGCCGGAGGGGUGGGAGGAGCGUAUUCACACCGAUGGUCGUAUAUUCUUCAUCGACCACAACACCAGGACAACCCAGUGGGAAGAUCCACGUAUGUCCAAUCCUCAGAUAGCAGGGCCAGCUGUACCAUAUUCACGUGAUUACAAAUUGAAGUACGAAUAUCUGAAAGCACAACUGAGAAAACCCAGCAGUGUGCCGAAUAAAUUUGAAAUCAAAGUUGCACGAGGCAAUAUCCUGGAGGACUCGUAUCGAAUCAUCAGUUCGGUUAACAGAGUUGAGAUAUUAAAAACUAAAUUGUGGAUUGAAUUCGAGGGAGAGGUGGGUCUUGACUACGGGGGACUUGCCCGAGAAUGGUUUUUCCUGCUCUCGAAGGAGAUGUUCAAUCCAUAUUAUGGAUUGUUCGAGUAUUCGGCUAUGGACAAUUACACUCUGCAAAUCAAUCCAUUCUCUGGAGUAUGUAAUGAGGAACAUUUAAAUUAUUUCAAAUUCAUCGGGCGUAUCGCUGGAAUGGCUGUAUAUCAUGGAAAGCUUCUAGAUGCAUUUUUCAUUCGUCCCUUUUACAAAAUGAUGAUCGGUAAGCAAAUUGAUCUGAAGGAUAUGGAAUCAGUAGACUCGGAAUACUACAAUUCCCUCCUCUGGAUAAAAGAAAAUGAUCCAUCGGAACUGGAGCUAACAUUUUGCGUGGACGAAGAGAGUUUUGGCCAUACAUCCCAGAGGGAAUUGAAGGCUAAUGGUGCAAAUGUACCCGUGACAGACGAAAACAAAGACGAAUUCAUAAGUUUAGUGAUUCAAUGGAGAUUUGUAUCGCGUGUUCAGGACCAAAUGAAUGCAUUCCUCGAUGGUUUCAAUGCUCUUGUGCCACUCACACUUGUCAAAAUAUUCGACGAACAUGAGCUCGAACUUCUCAUGUGUGGUAUUCAACAUAUUGAUGUCAAAGAUUGGAAAAAAAAUACCCUCUACAAGGGGGAUUAUCAUGCUAAUCAUAUCACUGUCCAGUGGUUCUGGCGUGUUGUAUUGUCUUUCAAUAAUGAAAUGCGUGCCAGACUGUUGCAAUUUGUUACCGGCACCUCGAGGGUACCCAUGAACGGUUUCAAGGAGUUGUAUGGCAGUAAUGGACCACAGUUGUUUACUAUUGAGAAGUGGGGAAUACCAGAGAAUUAUCCAAGAGCUCAUACUUGUUUCAACCGAAUUGAUUUGCCACCAUACGAGAGUUAUCAGCAACUGAGGGACAAACUAAUAAAAGCAAUCGAAGGUUCGCAAGGAUUUGCUGGUGUUGAUUAGCGCGAGAUACCAUUUUUUAUGAUAAUACCUGUAUUAUAAUGUAUAUACGUACCCACGGAUAUAUACAAGCUUUACGUAUCACUUCCCGUUAAAAAAAAUUGACAACUAUUCCCAUUAAAAUUUGCAUUGAUUUACAUUGUCCACUCAAUAGUCCCCUUGUUUUUCAAGAAUUAAACAAAAUUUCAAUUAGUUCUUCUAGAGUUUAAAGCGUGUAAAUAUAUUUAUGAAAAAAUUCUGUUACACUAUGUCCAACUGCAGAGGUAAGAGUUAUAAUGGUGGCAUUCUCUUAGGGAAAUGAUGAUAGUGAGACGAUUGCAAUAAGCCCAUACUGAUUAAUUAAUUUUUCCAAUUGUAACAUAGAGUAACACUUGAAAUAUGCCUGUUUUAAUAUACUGUAUGGAGUCCUUUGAUAAUUAGGGGCAUGCGCUAUCGAUGUCUACCUCUUAGUCAUGUUACCUUUACUGCUGAAUUUAUUUCGGAAUUCUCUUGCGAAAUUCCUUCAGGAAUUUUAAGAAAAAUUAUUCCCCGAUAUUAAAUUUAAGAGUAUUUAUUCCAUAUUAUUUCCUUGAAAAAAUUAAUAAUUCGAGAGAUGACAGUUAGAAAUGAAAUAUCAAGAAAAAAUUAUAUGGAGAAUAUAUUAGCGAGGAAUUUUGGGGACGAUUAAAAACAAUGAAAUUGUAAAAGAAAUUAUUCCGGUCAAUUACAAAAAUUGAGUGAAUCUCAACCCUCAUGGAUGCUGUCAGAAAUAUAUGCAGGGCAUAAGAAGACAGACAAAAUGAUUCUCUUAACGAAAGAAAUAGAGGAACUGUCAACAUUCGACUGAAAAUCCAUGACUAAGCAGUAGAUGUCGAUCGAUACAAGAUAUGUAAAUGAUUGAAAUGACAUCAUCAAAAUUACUUAACGAUGGUAACGUUUUAUCGAAUCAUGUUCUAGCAAAUAAGAUAUAUAUUUUUUGAAAUGUUAACGAAUAUUUUAAGGGUUUUAACAGGUGGAACGAUAAAAAAAAAUUGCGAAAAAAUGAAAAAAAAUGGAACUAUUUUUUGUUAGCGAAUAUACAGUAGACAAAUUUUACAUUAGUAUCACUGAUAUUUAAUUAUUAACAGCGGAUUAUGCGUUUUUAUUUCCAACGUGGAGGCGGAAUCGUGGGAAUGAGAUAAAUUAUGUAGCCGAUAUUAAAUUCAUGUAUAUUUCAAUUAUAAUGACUUGAUUAAUAACAA